UGUCUCCCAGGCCGAACGAGGACAUGGAGGUGACGAAGUACCAAGGCGAGCCGCGGAAGUCUCGAUGAUACCGCGCGGUAUUAGCGAUGGCGUAUGCAGGCGGAUACGGCGUGCGGGAGAAUCGCAGGGCUGAACAAGGUAGCACGUGCCAUUUUAUUUUAAAGACGUGUACCUGCAUUUGUGCCCCUGCGAUGAGAUGUGGUUGGGAUGUGGAAUCCGCUCUGCGGAUUUGGUCUUGUCCUUCUCAAGGUUUGUAUGAACAUGUUCUGCAGAUCGCACUUCCUGAGGUCCGCACUCGUGCGGAUCCUCCGAAUCUAGUGCAGGAGACAUAAAGUAUCCUGCGAGAGUUCCGUACGAGCAUCGAUAACGAACGCAUCGAGUGAAUGUGCGAAUCUCCGUCAGACAUAGGAUAUGGGCAAUAUCUAGACGCGUUGGCGGAUCAUGCGUGCGUCUGUGAUGAUGAGCGAAGAUAUACAACCCAUAUGAGGAAAGCAAACUGAUUGAGUGUGCGGUAGCUCCGUACACAAAACCAAACAAUAAACCGCAUCUGAUGUUAUAUUUUGGCGACCUGUCUACGCCAGUGACUUAACCGAGUGGGGUAUUUGCCCAGAAAGAGAGAGCCGAGAGCCGAGAGCCGAGGUGUUCGAAGUGUAGGUCUUCCUAUCAUCAUCAAAGGAGGCAAGGCGUUGAUCAUGCGAUACACCUGUCUUCAGGCUGAGCACCCAAAAAAAUACCUUCCCAACGACGACCACUUCAAUUUGCC